UUGGAGAUUCUUAGCUUAUAGGAAGAUGAACUUCAACAAUGUUAGAGUUCCAAAGGUGCCAGGGGGAGGUGCUGCUUCUGCUUUAAUUAAGGUGGGAGUAGUUGGUGGUCUUGGUCUGUAUGCAGCACUUAACAGCCUCUACAAUGUUGAGGGAGGGCAUCGGGCUAUUGUCUUCAACCGUUUAGUUGGUGUACAAGACAUGCAGGUUUAUCCUGAAGGAACACAUUUGAUGAUCCCAUGGUUUGAUAGGCCGGUGAUUUAUGACGUCCGUGCACGUCCUCAUCUCGUGGAGAGUACAUCAGGAAGCCGUGACCUCCAAAUGGUCAAGAUUGGACUUCGAGUUCUUACACGACCUGUGCCAGACCAGUUGCCUACAAUCUAUCGAACUCUUGGAGAGAAUUAUAAUGAGAGAGUCCUGCCUUCCAUAAUUCAUGAAACUUUGAAAGCUGUAGUAGCACAAUACAAUGCCAGUCAGCUUAUCACACAGAGAGAGGCUGUUAGUAGGGAAAUACGGAAGAUAUUGACAGAGAGGGCAGCUAACUUCAACAUUGCCUUGGAUGAUGUGUCCAUUACGAGCCUUACAUUCGGGAAGGAGUUUACAGCUGCAAUUGAAGCUAAACAGAUUGCCGCACAGGAAGCUGAGCGUGCCAAGUUUGUGGUAGAAAAAGCUGAGCAAGACAAGAGAAGUGCUGUUAUCCGAGCACAGGGGGAAGCUAAGAGUGCCCAACUGAUUGGUCAAGCUAUUGCAAACAAUCCAGCCUUCAUCACCUUAAGGAAAAUUGAAGCUUCUAGAGAAAUAGCACAGACAAUUUCGAACUCAGCCAACCGAGUGUUCUUGAGUUCUGAGAACCUGUUGCUGAACCUUCAGGAGAUGAGUUUGGAGAAUGUGAAGAAAUAAAGAGGGCAUGAUUUGCUCACACCCCCAAUAGCUUUCCUAGAUGGCAAGAAAUAAGUGCUCACAUCAUAGACUGCGGGAGUUAGAUUCUUCGUUGUAGUCAAGGGUUCGUUCGUUCUUUUGGUAGAUUUAUACAUAGGGAACACCAGGACUUUUGUGUAAAUGGAGAACCAGUUUGCCUUUUGAACUUUU